AUGGAUAAUAUAUCACCUCCAGAAUUACCAAAACAAUGGAUCAAACCUUACAAAUAUGACAGAAGAGCAAUAUCUUUAGACGACCAACAGAUCAAAGGUAAUAGUAAGAAGUCUGCACAAUUACUUUCAAUACCUGGAGCACCGAUCGAAGUUUCUCGCAAAUCUUCUCUGAACUCUGUAAUGGUAAAUGAAACACCUUCUCUCAAGUUACCCAAAAGAUUAAACACGAGGUACUCAUUUAAAAUGAAAACUAAGAAUUUCUCUUCUACUGACAUCCAAAUUACAAGUCCUUUGACUUCAACAUGCAAAACAUUUACUAAGUUCGAUCCGCGGUACCCUCCAUCAGAAGAUAAAAUCGAUGCUUUAUUUAAUAAAAUAUUAGAAGAUGGAACUUUCUUUUGGGGCUCUGCUCAAAAAAAUUUACAAGGUAUUUCAUAUAAAAGAAAAUGGGAAUUAAUUUGUAAAAUGGAUGAAAAGUCAAAUUCCGCGUUAAAUGUAGAAGAUAAAAAUACUUUAAAUGCUGUUGAUAUCCAAUUUUUGGAACAAUUGGAUGUGCUAUUAUCUGAUGAAAAAAAAUUGUCAUCUUCGCUAUAUAAUUUGGAGAGAAUUCUUCGACACGGCUCAAGCGUGUCUAAAUUUUUGGACCAUAACCACCUAGAUACAUUAACAAAUAUUAUACCGAAUAUAUCGCAAGGCUGUCAAUAUGUUUUUCUUCGAUGCUUUAAAACUUUAAUGAAUACAGAAAUUAUGAGAUCUAAAAUCCUAGAUAAUCCCUCAUUAGUAGAAUAUUUUUGCAAAAUCAUCAGUACACGAGAUAUUUCACUCCGAAUAAAACUGCAAGCAUCAGAUCUUCUGUUACUUCUAGCAUAUAUAGAUAUACAGAAAGGAUAUGAAAUUGUGUGGUUACAUAUACGACCUUUAUUGAAACAUUGGUUUAAAUGUCUUUUGAGUGUCUUACGCGAUCCUACUGAAUUAGAGGAAACAAAAAACAUGACCUUUGUUCAAAGGACUAAACCUUCUUUAUUACUUUGUGAUUAUUUUUGUUCGAAUUUAUUUUUAAUCAAUUCCCUUAUUCAAGGAUUCCCUACUAUACCACUCAAAGCUACAAUAUUAGAAGAAAUGAGAAAAUGUGAUCUUCAUCAAAUUAUAUAUCUCUCAGAGAAAUUGGACUCUACAAGUAUCCAAGAACAAAUUAAAGAAAUAAAAACUCAAGAGGAAACAAUAUAUUCACGUGGGUAUGGUAGCAAUCACAUGAACCUUCCCGAAGUCUCAUAUGCACCAGAUAUUGAACUUCUCAUAACUAAAUCAAAGGAUACACCUGUAGAAGAUUCUCUUGGUAAAUUAUUGGCAACUUUAUCAAAGGCGUUGAAUUCAAAAACGUACUCUGAAACAAUAAAAAUAUAUAAAUCUACCAAUUCAUUAGUAACGUAUUUGAUGGACAAUUUCCAGAAUAAUCAAAAGUCUGUUGCGUCAGAAACUCUUUUCCAAGAAGCAGUUACUAAAUUAAUGGAUUCCUUACAUUCAAAUGAAAUUACUAAAAGAGCAAUGUCUGAAUUGAAAGAACUGGAGAAAACUGUUCAAUCUCUAAAUGAAGAAAUCGAUCGACUUCGUGAGAUAAAUAAUAUGGAUAAAGGAGAUGUACUUGAGGAAUUGAAACAAGCAAAUGAACUCAUAGAAUCAAGAGAUAGAGAAAAUGAAGAACUUACUCUAAAACAAAAGAAAUUAGAAGAUCAAGUACGUAAAGACGAAAAAAAUAAUGAAAAGACUUUAGCUCAUGGUCGAUUAGAUAGUCAAAUGACACGUAAGAAAUCAUCUGUAUUUGAAAAGUUACAAGGUGAAAACCGAAACAAAACGAAACUACCUGGAAAAUCACUUGUGAAAAGUCAUAAAGUGGACUCAUUAGCGUCAUAUGUCAGAGGAGGCGCAACAGAAGCUGAUCCCACCUUUUUUGGAUAUAAACCUAAUCCAUCUUUAAAUCUUAAUAAACGUUAUACGGAUAAUAUAUCGAACGAGGACAUACAACAUAAUGUACCUAAUUCAGGUAUUUUCGAAAAGGAAUAUUCUUCUGGUACCAUUUCCAUUAACUCAUAUUCCUCGAAUACGGAGUCCGAUUUCACGACAUCAAAAUCAACGUUAAUAUCCUCCCCAUCAACAAUUCUAAAUCCAGAACUUUCUCUUAAGCCAAAUACUACCAUAUUACACGAAAGUGACUCCUCAUUGUAUGUCUCAAGUUCUACCAGUACUUCUUGUAUCACAGAACAUUUAAAAAGCGAACCUAAAAAUGAUACUCAAUCCUUACCAAAUGUUUCUGUACCUCCACCACCUCCCCUCCCCCUCCGACCGCUCCCAAUACAUCUUCAUGGCUCGAAUAAUGAUGUAACCACGGUACAGUCAUCGGCGGUACCACCACCACCACCUCCUCCGCUUCCUGAAAGUUUAAGUAGUGCAAACUCUGUACCUCCUCCUCCUCCUCCUCCUCCUCCUUUUCCAUCAUCCUCUGGUACACCUGGUCCAUCUGAGCUGAAUUCUAAAGAAAAUAACAAUACUUUAAAUAACCAACAGAGUAAAAAGAAGUUGAAGCAAAUACAUUGGGAUAAAAUUGAAAAUGUUAAAAACACACUAUGGGAUCAUGCUGAUGGACGUCAAGACACAAUAUUGGAAUUAGAGCACGCUGGCAUUUUCGAAAAAGUCCAAGGAAUGUUUAGCGUCCAGGACCUAGUUGUUAAGCCCAAAAGAGCGGUUAAUGUAAGAGAAAGUAACAAGUUGCUAUCCUUCUUAUCUAGAGAUUUUUCGCAACAAUUGGCCAUUAACUUACAUAUUUUUGCUCAAUUAACCGAAAAGGAAGUGCUCCAAAAGGUACUGGCAUGUGACAAUGAUACGAUUCAAAAUGUAAGUGUUUUAGAAUUUUUCUGCAAAGAUGAAAUGGUCAACAUUGGUUCUGCACGAAUUCGGCAUUUCACACCGUACUCUGCCGAUUACUUGAAUGCCUCUGAGCAACCAGCUAAAAAUCCUGAUGAAUUAGAAAGAGCUGACAAAUUAUUUCUGUAUCUACCAUUUAAUUUGAGGCGUUACUGGGCUGAAAGGUCGCAAUGUCUCCUAGUUAUUUCUACUUAUGAGAGAGAGUAUUAUGAUAUGCUUUACAACUUACAAAAAAUUGACGAUGCAUUGCAAAAUAUUAGGCACUCUGAGAAGUUCAAGACGUUCUUGUAUAUCAUUAUCGAACUAGGUAAUUAUAUGAACACUAAAGCGGUGGAAGGUAUACGGUUGAAUUCACUGACUAAAUUGGCCUUUAUUAAAUCAAACGACAACAAGAAUUUUUCAUUUUUACAUUUUGUUGAGAAAAUGUUACGUAUUCAUUACCCCGAUGUGUAUGGCUUUAUUAAUGAUCUAAAUAAAGUGGAAGAUUUGGGUAAAAUCACAAUAGAUCAAGUACAACUCCAAUGCGAAGAGUAUUGUACCAAAAUUGAGCGUAUCGCACACUCAGUAACUAAAGGUAAAUUAUCUGAUCCAACUCAAUUACAUCCUGAUGAUCAAAUCUUAAGGAAAGUUAAAUACAAAGUGACGCGUGCCAAAACAAAAAGCGAACUAUUACAAGCUCAAUUUAAGCUAACAAAUAAUGAUUUCCGUAAGAGUAUGCUGUAUUACGGUGAAGAUCCUGAUGACACUGAUAAUAAAAUCAACUUUUUCAAUCAGUUUGUUGAAUUUUCCAGUUUAUUUAGAAAGUGUGCAAGAGAAAAUAUUGAGAAGGAAGAAGCCGAUCGAGCCUAUGAGCAAAGAAAGAAGAUUGCUGAACUUCGGAACAAGAAAAAUGAGAGAAAUGAUACGGUUCACGAUACUUCAGAAGAAAUUGAUUCAGUUCAUUCUCUAUUAGCCCAGUUACGUGAUGUAGAAAAACAACCUGAACCAAUGAGAAGAGUUAAAAGUAGUAAAUACACAUUACCAUCCGAACAAGUAAGCGUUGGAGAAGCAAAUGAUGAAAAGGAUAUUUCAGAGAAACAUUCUUUAUUGGAGAGGACUCAAAAUAUGUUAAGUGACAUCCAAAAAAUAUGA